AUGUUCUCAGACAGCGGCGGAUGUGUUCGCAAAAGCGUCGCCAUGACGCUAAGGCUCUCGCCCAUGAAGAGGGUCCAGAGUUCACCCAAUCUGGCCUCAGGGGGUGAUCCUCACUCAACAGACUACAGUUCUUGGCGGUCUCACAGCGCAACCGAUGGCCUUAAGAACGGCGACUCCAUCAGCUCGUCUCUGGCCGCCAAAGGCUUCCGCAGCGUCAGGCCCAACUUGCAGGACCGAAAAUCCCAGGCCCCCCUCCCCCUUGACUCCACAGCACGUCACUCCCCCUUUCUGAGCCGCAGCUCCGAAUCUCUCGACUACCCGUCGGGCCUAAUGUCCAAGGGGCUGUCACCCAGCCCGUAUGUCGCGAGCGCGGCCGCGUCGCCCCCCGCCUCCCCCGUGACCGUCUCGGCUCUCAGCCACUACUCCUCCUCCACGGCGGGUCUGCUGGACGAGCUGCAGAUCUGUAGCCUGGACUCGCCCGGCGCUUCUCCCACGCCGUCGCCCACCCUCAGCCACGUCUCGGUCUUCACCGCCGCUGGGCCCGACGACGCGCUAACAGCCGCCGCAGCAGCAGCCACUGUCACUAACGGCCAGGUGCUCUCUCAUGCUAUGAACGGCGGCACGGGGCACAGCACCAGGCCGCUUUCGCCGCCAUCAUACCCGCCGCCGCCCGCUUCAUUCCGUACCGGACUCCUGAGGCAGAGCCACACCUCUGAAGGCAGCGAGGCGUUUACCCGAGAGUCCGUAGUGUCGGGCGACGCCAGCUUCACCAGCACCGUGCCCAUCGCCCGCUUCUCCGAGGAGGAAACCAAGGUGUCCGUCAUCAAAGCCCCCCACUACGAAGGCAUCGGACCCGUGGACGAGUCGGGCAUCCCCAUCGCCAUCCGCACGACGGUGGAUCGGCCCAAGGACUGGUACAAAACCAUGUUCAAACAGAUCCACAAGGUCCACAAAGCGGACGACGACUAUUCGGACACCUACAGCGCGACCUACGCCAUCGUUAACAAUGACGACUACGCCGUGCCGCCAAACGCCACCUUGGCCCACCCGGCCCCACGCACGCACACGUACAGGCCGCUCGCCAAGAGCCUGUCGGACAGCGGCGGACUACGCCACGCCGCCCGGGAUCCCUCGCCCGUGCCCCCGCCUCCGCCGCCGCCCGCACCCUCCUUGCUGCAGUUGAGAGCACGAGACAGCGACCGUGACAGAGACACGCCGGAUAUGAACGAAUGGGGUCCACCCGACAGGAAAGUGGACACGCGAAAGUACCGCGCUGAGCCGAGGAGUAUUUUUGAAUAUGAACCAGGGAAGUCCUCCAUUUUAGAGCACGAAAGAGCUACCUAUGAUGACAUAGAUUUAGAGAACGAGCCUUGGUAUAAGUUCUUUUCCGAGCUGGAGUUUGGCCGCCCGCCUCCUAAAAAACGGCUGGAUUAUAAUCCAGACGUCUCGGCUCGCCAGCGCAUUGAGGCGACCCUGCUGGUCGCUCCUGCCGACAAGCCCCACGAAAGACCUUUGAGCGCUGCCAGCGACUACAGAAAGCGAAGGAAGUCGGAGCCUGCCGGCCCCCAGGCGAACUCUCUGCCGCAGCCAAGGCAAGCGGCGACGUCGCCCAAAGCGCCCGACGCCAGCAGGUCCGCCGGCGGCGCCCCCAAGAAGCCCGUCGCUCGCUCCUCGCCGUCCUCGCCCUCACGCAGCAAAGGUGGGGCCGCAUGCGUCAUGUAUUCAAACACUUUGACCUCUCCGGGUCCUUGCUGUCACUCCUCCCUGCCCCCGGUUCCGCUACGUUUCCCAGAGGAGGCGCCGGCGUCCUCCUGCGAGGAGGCUCCAGUGCCGCCCCCGCCCAGCAGCAAGCUCAGGUCGCGGAGCUGCGACGACUUGCUGGGCGACAGUCCAAGCCGGCGUCGCGCCUGCCGUUCGGAAAGCGCCGGCUCGCUGCUGUGCGACCGCUCGGGCUCCAAUGGGUCGGUGGGCUCGGUGCCGCGCCUCCGCCGCCGGCUGCCGCACGACUCCCCGGCUUUCCUCAAGCUCUACCGCAAGAUGCACCACAUCGACAGGGCUCACCUGCUCCCGUCCGACGUGAUCCGUUCGGUCCGCGCUCGCAUCCUAGAGCUGGAGCAGCAGCCCCAUCUGCACCUGCACCGCCUCUCGCCUUGGGCGCCCUCUGGUGGAUCGGAGGUGCCGCGCGACACCGUGCCCACGCGCAUCUCCACCUUUGAGAGUCUUAUCGGGAAGUCCAAAUCCAUGCCCAACUUGGGAGACAGCGAGGCGGCGUCGGGCGCCACCACGCCAGGUGGCUCGUCGUCCCGAGCGAGCAGCGGCGGCGCCACGCCAAGUUUUCCAAAACGCCGUUUCUCCAUCGAGUCUCUACUGGAGGAGGACGACGGCGGCAAUCAGCCGGCACCUCGCGCCACGGACCAGUCGCGCAAACCUCGUAGCCCACCCGAGGGUCAGCCUCGCGUGGGGCCCGAACCCAACCGCGGGGGCUCCUCCCUGGCUCCCCCCGCCCCACGAGUGCCGCAAGCCGACUAUUCGGACAGCGAGCAAGAUGCCAUCGCCUCGGACCUCAGCGACUUCAUCCAAGUGGAGGGCUCUUCCUUUUGCAGCGAGAGCGACUUUGACCACUGCUCGUUGACGUCCUCUGAGAGCUUGUACGGCUCCGCCAUUCUGCACCAACGUCAUCACCUUCACCGCCAUCACCACCCUGGCCACCAGAGCGUGGGCCAGAACCAGGGCUACCAACAUAGACACCUCAUUAGCUCUUGCAAGGGUCGCUGCCCGGCCUCCUACACCCGCUUCACCACCAUGCUCCGGCACGAGCGUCAGCGGGCCCGUCAGGACCCUCAGAGACCUCCGCCUCCGAGUCGCAGCAUCCGCUCCCUGGUCCAGAGCGCCGAGUCCCAGCAGUCCAUGUCCAAGCUGGCCUACUUGGUCAGCCCAGUGCCUUUUCACAAGAAAAAGGGCGGCGGCAGCAGCGGUCACAGUCGCGGAAGCAGGCCAAAAUCCAAGCAGGCCAUCUACGAAGCGCUGGACGCCGCCCUGAGGGACAUCUACGAGCACAUCCGAGCCGAGCGUGGUCACAGGGGCGCCGGGACCGCCGACGACAGCAUCCUGAGGAGAAUACUCUCCGAGCUGCUGCCCAGCGUGCCUGAAAGAAGCUCCUCGUUGCCAGGAAGGAGGUGUUGGCACGAGGCCGGCCCAGACGGGUACGCCUCGCACCGGGGCGAUCCACUCACGCCGCAGUUGCAGUCCCCCCGAAUCCGGUCGCCAGUCAGUGCCUGUUACGGACGCCAUUUGGACGCCACCAACUGUAAUGAUUACGCGGAGGAGCAUGGCAAUGAGAAUGGUGUUUUCUAUUCAGACCAGGAUGUGCCCACCAGAAGUUAUUCCACUAUGGACGGGCGCCGCACACCCCAGAAUCGAAGAGGAGGUCCUGAGAGAGAGGUAUCCCAUAAACAGAUGACACAACUCAUUCUGUUCUCUCUCCUCCAUCAGAAGCAGCCCGCUCGAGCUAUUUACGACUUUAAGGCGCAGACGGCUAAGGAGCUGACGUUCAAAAAAGGCGACGCGGUCAACAUCAUCAGGCAGAUUGACAGCAACUGGUACGAAGGCGAGCACAGAGGUCGGGUGGGGAUAUUCCCAAUAGCUUACGUGGAGAAGAUGGCGUCUUUGGAGAAGCCGCAGCCCAGCCGCCCGCCUCCGCCCGCCCACGUCCGGGAGAUCGGAGAGGCCGUGGCCCGCUACAACUUCAACGCUGACACCAACGUGGAGCUGUCUCUCAGAAAGGGCGAAAGAGUGAUCGUGAUCCGGCAGGUGGACCAGAACUGGUACGAGGGCAAGAUCCCAGACACCACCAAACAGGGCAUCUUUCCCGUAGCCUACGUGGACCUGCUCAAGCGCUCGCCCUCCAAAACCUCCGUCCACCACCUCCACCACGUGGACCCCCACGGUUACCACGGCAACAGGACAUCCAGCUCCACGCCCGUCAAACCUUUCUCGCAUCUACCCCCUCCAUCCCCCACCCCCCUCCACGACCGCCCGUCCACGCUGCUGCGGGCGGUCACCCACGAGUGGCUCUCCCUCACCGUGGACGCCCCCCACGCCCUCUCGGCCACGCCCGCACCCCCCACUCCGCCCCCUCUCCCCGGUCAUCUCGCUCUGUCUGUCCACGAGCCUCCCGCCGCCGAGUAUCCCUCUGACGUUUUAGGGCGUAGCGCGGGCGAGCGGUCGCCCGUGGCGAAGCCGAGCGAGUUGCCGAGAGCGGCGUCGGAGCCCUUGGCGCCUCCGAGCCGCUUUGACGUCCAGCUCAGUGUCGCGGACCCUUACGAUGAGCUCCUCUCUGUAAUUCCCGAUGACCCGGAUGGGUCACCGGCAUGUUCCGCCACUAAACUUCGAUUUGACAAAUCUCAGCCUGAAGCAAUUGGAUCAACAGAACACGAGCGUUUGAGAGCCCGUGUCCCGAACGAAACCCCAGUUGAGUCUCAGAGGCCUCGGUCAACAAGGGGGAAGGCCGUUAUUGAGUUAUUCAUUCAGGAAGAAGAAGAUGAGGAGGAGGCUAGAGAGGAUGAGGAAGAUGUUUUUACAGGCAGACUCGGUACACAGGCUGACGUCUGUUCCCCCACUCGCUCACCUUCUCCUCCCACCGGCCCCCCGUCACUUUCCUCGCCGCGCCCCGUGCACUCUCCCCCGGCCUCCCCCCGACCUCGGCCCCCUCCCCUGCCCAUCUUCUCCACGUCGCCUCCCGUCUCGCCCUCUCCCCCCUUGUCGCCUCUCCACUCCCCAGAGCCACUGACUCCCCCCCACACUGCCAGGUCUCCCUCGUCCACCUCCCCCCCGCUCCCCACUUGCCGCCGCUCCCCCCCGGCUGUGCCCCACCCGGGGCGUAGGUCUCCCAAGAUGAAGGAUCCAGUGGUGGGUGGGAAGCCGCCUCGUAGCCCCAUCUUGUCUCGGAGGCCCGCUAGAGGUCGAAGGCGAUUAGUCCAAGAAGCUCUCCACGGCGGAGGAGACCCCUUCCAGGCCGUGUACAACUACACACCGCGUAACGAAGACGAGCUGGAACUGAGGGAGGGCGACAUCAUCGACGUGAUGGAGAAGUGUGACGACGGAUGGUUUGUCGGGACAUCUCGCCGAAGCAAGUUGUUUGGAACCUUCCCAGGAAACUAUGUGAAGCCGCUACCGUGAAUGAUUCCUGCCACCCUCCACCUUCAGCACACAAGUGCGUGUACGUAUGGCGACGCAGCUCUCACUAGCCAUCUUCAACAGAAGACCUCGUUGGUACAAUUUUUGGUUGUUUUCAACUCUUUGUUUUUCGGACAAGACAAAAAAUGACGACAAUGGCGAAGGGGGAAAAAAAGCCCACAACACUUUUUUGUUGGUGUUUGCAACACACUUUUUUUCUUCUUCUUGUUUUUUCAAAACAAUUCUCACCCCAAAGACAUUCGACAAUGAAUUCUGUGUUAUGUUACGUAAAUGUCACCGGUUCACCGUUACCACUAGUGUUGAUGCACUUUAACCAAUUUGUGUUUGUUUGUUUAAUGUCAGAUUUCACCUCGGAAGAAGAAGAAAGUGUGUCCGUGUCAGAGGGCUUGCCACAUUUUCACUUUUUGUAUUUAUGGGCGCUCCAACACUAGAGGAAGAUUGUAGCUUUGUUUUUGCUUUAUUUACGAUUGUUGGUGAAUUCAACCGAACCCAUUUUGGAACCAUUGCUUCUAUUAAUAGGCGCCAUCCCAGAAAAAGCAAGAUUGAUAUUUUUGUUUUAUAUAUACACAUUUACGUGAAUGUAGUACGUCUAAAUUGUUAGAUUUUUUUUUAAAUGCAAAAAUAAUUAUUUUGUGUUUUGGAUAUAUGUUUUAAAUUAUAUUUGGAGUGUUUUUUGGUCAACUAUACAGUAGUGCGCUGAUUAAGAAAAGCUAUCAUGAUUGGAAGCUGUCACUUUAGUUGUCUGGAUGACACAAAUUUGCAGACUCGUAUAUUUUGAAGCACAUUUUAGCUGUGAAGGCACACCAAGGAAUUUUAUUUUAUUUUAUUUUGGGACACUAUCAUUGAAGCACCUUAAGAUAUAUUAUUUUUAUCAUAAAUUCACAUUGUGUUGCUCACAUUUCAGUGCGUGUGUGUUUUCAAAGCCUUUUGUAUGUCGUCCACAUCCACCUGCUUUAUAAAACACUAACUUGAUUAUUUUCUCCCUAUUGUUCUUUCCCAUCAACAGCGCCAUCUUGUGGGGGUUUUCUACACCAUUUUCUGAGACUGAUAUCGCCUUAAAAAAAAAACUAGCUCAAUAGCCAUGUAAUGUGAUAAAUGCAAAAAAAUACCUAAAGAAUAAUGUAGUGGAAACCGCUUAUUUGUAAACAAACCACACAUGUACACACACACAAGUGUCAAGUAUUUCUACUUUUCAUUUUACGGGGCUGUAUUAUUAUUAAUAAACGCUUAGAUUUAU